AAUACCUAUUCUCUUAUCUAUUUUUGUCCUUCCUAUCUUCCUUUCUUUGAUGAGAAGUAAUUUCAUCAAAGUUGGCAACCUUCAGGCUUCAGCUAUAUAAAUUAUAAUCCAACUACUGAACGGCUUUUUUCUUAUUCCGAUCAAACCUUUUCCAUUCUCAUAUUGGAAGAGAUGGCAGAAAAGAUCACGGACUUGAAAAACAAAUGUGUAUGUUCUGACUACUGCGAUGAUAAACAAGACGCAGGAGAUGAUUGCAGCCUUUCAAUAGAGAAACUUAACCUUCUUCCUAGAAAGAAACUUCUUGUUCUUGACGUAGGAGGCUUGCUGUGCCAGAGGGUACACAACAAGUCCAGAAUUCGACCAUUUCGCAAUCCUGAUGCUUCCCAUGGAAGCAUUUUAGUUUACAAGAGGCCUUAUUAUGAAGAAUUCAUUAAUUUUUGCUUCGAAAAAUUUGAAGUGGGAAUAUGGUCUUCUGCAACGGGAUUGAAUCUGAACAGCGCCUUGGAUUGUAUAAUGGAAGGAUUGAAAAGCAAGCUUUUAUUUAUUUGGGACCAAGGUCAAUGCACUGAUUCUGGGUUCAAGACCCUGGAGAAGAAGGACAAGCCCAUCUUUUUUAAAGAGUUAAAGAAAAUUUGGGAUUUCUAUGAACACUAUUCAGAAUCAAACACAUUGCUGAUAGAUGAUACUCCAUAUAAGACCUUGCUGAACCCUCCUCAUACAGCAAUAUUUCCGGAAGAAUACAAGGCCGACCAAGAUGGGGAUACUGCUUUGGGUCCUAGCGGUGAUCUGCGUCUGUACUUGGAAGGACUAGUUGAUGCAGAUGAUGUUCCUUCUUAUGUGAAAGAACAUCCAUUUGGGAAGCCUGCAAUAUCGUCCUCUACUCAUUCUGAUUGGGAGUUCUAUUCCAAGAUUAUCAGCCAUUUUCGGAAUGAAUGAGCUAAUUACUACUGAAACGAUCACAGGGAUUUGAAACUUCUAAGAUAUUUUGUUUCUUGUGCUUUCUGGGCUACAAAUGAAUUCUGCUUAUUUGAUGAAAGUGAGCGAGUCGCCUCUGCUAGUCUAAAUUAACUAUAUCAUAGCUUGUUCUUGUGAUUGCUUUGUUUCAUCAAACACUUUCGCUAUGUUUUCAAUGUUAGCCAUUUUGUUUCAA